AUGAGCGGUCCUAUCAAUAUUGGCUCCACGGGCGAGUGGCAUAGCCUGCUCGGGAGCACCAAUGUCGUGAUCGUAGACUUCUACGCCGACUGGUGCGGACCUUGCAAGAUGAUUGGGCCUCAUUUUGAUCGCCUCGCAAAGGAGCAUUCGCGCCCCAAGAAGAUGGCGUUCGCCAAGGUCAACGUCGACCACCAGGCGACUAUCGCCAAGACCUACGGCGUGUCGGCGAUGCCCACGUUUAAGAUCUUCCACGGCACCGAGUGUGUCGAGACCCUCAAGGGUGCCGACCCCGGGUCCCUCAGCUCCGCCAUCUCCAAGGCCGUCAAGCUCUCUGACACCACCCCGGCUGGGAAGCCCACCGAGGCCUUCAGCAAGCCGGGGCGCACUCUCGGCGGCGCCGGCGGCGGUAAGAGGGCGGCGGCUAGCUCUAGGUUCAGCCUCCCUAGAAAUUUCAGCGUAUUCGGUGCUCUGAACAUGGUUGUGCUUUUCAUCGAGCUAUAUUUUGUCACACUGUUUUCGUUUGAUGCGCUUGCAGCAGCCGAAAACUCGUGGUUCAACAAGCAUAGGAAAGCCCAGGAUAUCAGGGCGAACCUCGGUUCCAGCUCAACAAAGCUGGGUGCAAAUGGUAAGCCGGCACCACCAAAGCCCUCCUUUAGGACAUUGGCGGAUUUGGAUGGCGAGCAGUAG